UGGUUGUUUUGCGCAAAGUCAGAAGAAAUAUGCAAGCAUUGUAGUGGAAGCCAGUUGCAUUUGUCUUGUAAUCCUGUUAGAAAUUUUUUUAACCUCUAGACAUCAGGAUGAUCAAAAUUUAGAGGUAAAGCACAAACAUAGAUUUUGUCCUCAUUCCCACAUGGUUGGUUCCUUGUUAUUCAUGGUUUUAUGUCCUUGUUGUUUUACUGUCCUUAGUUAGACAAGUGACAAUCUUUCAGUGGCUCCAGCUUUCACCAUUUUUGUAGAUUUGCAAGCAUUAUGCUGCAUUGCUAUCAACUCUUAGUAUCUAUCCAUUUCCUUCCCCCCACCCAUUAUAAAUAAACCAUCAUCUCCUAAUCCCCUAUAGCUCAGCUUUAGUUCCAUCUUUUACUUUUUCCUCUUCUUUGGCUUGAGCAGUAGGUUUCUUUAAAAAUUUGCUUCUUUUGUGACUUCCAUUGAGGUUUCCAAGCAAUGUUAGGGAAUAGGGUCUUGUUUCCUUUUCUUGGCCUUGCAUCUUGUGUGAUAUUCAUAUACAUUACUUAUGGGGACUUUGGUUACCAACCUGUUGAGCAAAAUAUGAUGAGUUUUGUGGGGAGGAAUGAGACUAAGUUCAUGUUGGAUGGUAAGCCAUUCUUUGUUAAUGGAUGGAACUCUUACUGGCUAAUGGAUCAUGCUGUGGAAAAAUCCACUAGGCAAAAGGUCAGGGACAUUUUCUAUCUUGCUUCCAAGAUGGGUCUUACUGUUUGCAGAACUUGGGCAUUCAAUGAUGGAACUUACAAUGCUCUGCAAGUUUCUCUCGGCAACUUCGACGAGCAGGUUUUUCAGGGAUUGGAUUAUGUUAUUAUGGAAGCUCGAAAACACGGUAUUCGCCUGCUCCUUAGUUUGGUGAACAAUUUGGAAGCAUAUGGUGGGAAGCCUCAGUAUGUUCAAUGGGCAUGGGAAGAAGGUUUGAGCUUGAAUUCCUCCGAGGAUUCCUUCUUCUUUGAUCCUGCUAUUCGGAGUUAUUUCAAGGAUUACUUGAAGGCUAUACUGACUAGGGAAAAUCACUUAACCGGGAUUGAAUAUCGAGAUGAUCCUACUAUCUUUGCAUGGGAGCUGAUGAAUGAACCACGUUGCGUCACCGAUCCAUCAGGUGACACUCUCCAAAAAUGGAUUGAAGAAAUGUCAGCAUAUGUAAAAUCAAUUGACAAGAACCAUUUAGUAACUAUCGGUAUAGAGGGGUUCUAUGGUCCAAAAAGCCCUCCGGAAAAAAGGAAUGUCAAUCCCAGCGAGUACUAUGGUAAUGUAGGAACUGACUUUAUUAGCAACACGAAUGCCUCUGGCAUUGAUUUCGCAUCUGUCCAUGUAUACCCUGAUCAAUGGUUAGAAGUAUCAGAACUUGAUAAUCAACUGAGAUACAUCUUCAAGUGGGUGAAUUCUCACAUCGAAGAUGGCGAAAAGAUACUGAAAAAACCAGUACUGCUCACGGAAUUUGGACUUUCAUGCAACAGCAAGGACUUCCAUAACACUCAAAGGGAUAAGCUUUACAAGACGAUAUUCGACAUUGUGUACAAGUCUGCACAGGAAAAUGGAGCUGGUGCAGGAGCUCUUGUUUGGCAAUUAAUGGUUAAAGGCAUGGAUACUUAUGUCGAUGAUUAUGGUUUUAUUCCUCGGAAGCGUUCUUCGCUGUUUAAAUUGCUAAAAGAACAGUCAUGCCGCAUGGCGGUAUUGCAUCACGGAGAGGAUUGGGCAAGGAAAACAUCUAAAGGUGAAUGCCGAAAUAACUGAAAAUAAGUGCAAGGAUGAAGGAUAUCACUUGUGCAUCACUGCAUUUGUUUCCUGUUACUGUGUAUUCUGAAGAAUUUUGCUGUUUUUUUUUUUGUGAAUUUCUGCAGAAACUGAGCACUCCUUCAUGUAUCAUCACUCAAUCAGAAGUAAUAUAUGACUAUUUCCAAA